AUGGAGGAACUUUCAUUGAUGGUAAGUCAACCACGAGUUGUGGUGGAUACACGAGAGGGGGAGCCCGGACCAAGUCACGACCCAUCGGUCCCUCCUCCUCCUCCGAGCAAGGCAUCACCAGGGACUGCAGCAGGAACCAGCAAUGACCCCAAUCUAUUCCAUCUAAGAGACUGGGGAAUGCUCCCGGAUGUGACCGCAGCAAUGAUAGCCUCGUACCUCUUACCCUGGGAACGAGGUCACAUGGCAAUGUCGUGCGCCAACUGGCAUCGUGCUAUCAUGGAGUCACCUCAUCUAUGGAGAACCAGAGACUUCCGCAUCCACGGCAACUGGCGAGACAGCUUCCACAUCUCGUAUGUCAAGAGUGUCGGCAGGUUCCUGAAGAGGGUGUACUUCACCUUCGGUUUCCGGGCCCACCGCCGGCCUCGUCGACUGCAGAAGCUCUUCACCGGUAUCCUUGCCGAGCUUUACCGCCAGGGUCCGGUGCAGCUGAAGGAGCUUUCUAUAACAGAGCUCAGCUUUCAGAGACACUUUCAGUCCUCAGAUACGAACCGUGCCAGAGAGGGUGUCAUGCGGUCUCUGAAUCGAUACCUGCGACGGCAGUCCAUGCUGGAGAAACUAGACGUGAGCGAUAGUGGAUUACGGAUCGACGAGGGUGUGGGUCUCUUGUUGUCGGUGAGCGAACAUUCAUCAACCAGCCUCCGGAGUCUCUUCAUUGAAGAUAUGUUCCAGAUGGGAGCUACAGUUCACAGCGAGCCUCGUUUUGCCGUUACCCUCAGCCGUUUCACUCGCUUAGUGGAUAUCAGCAUGAACUACAGUUGCUUCUCUGCCGAAGUAUUGACUCACCUAGCCAGGAGUUGCCGUUCCACAUUGGAGCUCCUCACCAUCUCCACAAAUCGCCAGGACAAGCACGAACACACAAUCGACAGAACCGCCUGGGUGGGGUUCAGUGAAGCCAUGCCACGCACUCGAGUCAAGGUCAUAAUGAGUGGUAUCAUGCGAAUGGGUGCCGUGUAUCGCAUCCUCGGCCCCGGUAUGCCUCUACAGAGUGUCCGCAUGUACGGCUACAACGACGGUGGGUUCCGCCCCGACCGGGCACUCCGUCACAUCUCGCGGAACUUCCAGCACAUCGUAGAAAAAAUCUCUGUGGACGUCGGGCCCGUGUACCACUCUUACAACAGGGGAUUCCUCUCGCUCGUCCAGGCAUGCACGGCAUUGAAGAGUCUGGAGAUCCACGGGAGAAUACAGUGGCCGGCUCUACGAGACGUCUUCGACUUCGUGGAUGAGAGCUUCAUUAAGAAGGGUCUUCGCCCGAGUCUGACGUACCUCAGAGUGGUCAUCACGAUGAUAGGCUUCGGUCAGGAGGAGGCACUGGUCAUGGAAGAGUUCAGACCCACCUUCGUCCAGCAUAAUCUUAACUAUGAGCUCGUCUUUGAUCCAAUGUACCCAAUGCCUCUUGGUCCUGUACCGAUUGAUGACCCACAACAGGAGGAAGACGAACUGAUAGCGCUAGUCUGGUAG